AUUAUGUCUACUGUUUUAUAAAAGCUGAAGGAAACACUAACCAAACUGCCAAACCAACAAGUUUCCUCGGAUUAAAAAAAUGAAAAUGAAAAUAUAAUGAAAAAAAUGUUUAUUGAUCCACAUAAAAGCUCCUUAUCAAUUACUGAAGCCUCCUUUUAGACAAAUAAUACCUGUGUUAGGACGCAUUAGGAAUGCGUAGGAAACAAAUAUAUUCGUUCAUAGCUUGAAUAUAGCGGUGAUUUCUGUGGCCCACAAGACUGACUAAACUAUUAUUUCACAGCGGUAUGGGGUUAAGCAGUCUUCAGUCAGUACGUGCACAUGAAUAGGAAAUUUUAGUAUACAAGCAGUAUUUUUUUUGUUAUGUCAGCUUUAUGAAUUCCGUAUGUUUUUUUUAAAGCAAUUAAAUAUAUUUUGUGCGAAUUAGAAUUUAAGAUUUUCGCAAAAACUGUAGCAUUAAUUACCCAUUAAAAUUAACAUCUUAAUUAUGCAUAUAUGUAGUUGUAAUGUAAUAAUUGGAUGAGUUAAUUUGUGUAAUUAUUGAUAAUUAUUGAAUUAUACUCAAUAGUUACUCAGAAACUUUUUUGUUUCAAGUGGAUGAUUUUUGGCAGCUAUUUCUUUUUUAGAGAUACGGUAGUGACGUAUAUCUUGCUUGAAUUCAUAUACGUGAAGAAAUCUUGUUUAAAACUUUAUAGUUCUCUUUGUUUAUCUUUUGUUGAGUAAACAGAACGGCAUUCAAUUUUUGAAAAUGUCUUGUAAUUAAACUUUCCAUCAUCAAAAGAGGCUUGUGGAGAGCUUUCAGUGGUAGUCCCCGGCAUUGCUGACAUCCAUUAGCGCCGGUAGCCACUCACCAUUAAGUGGGCCGUAUGCUCGUCUGCCUACAGGGGCAAUGUCAAAAUCGUUUGGGUUAUUUGAAUAUAGCAAGGCCUAACAUUUCCAGGAAAAAGUUUGUAUGAAAUAAAAUAUGGCGGAAAACAUCUGUUAAAGACAUCAAAUUGAUCUCUGUUUAUUUUUAAUGCAAAGCACAUAAUAAUACUUAGUCUCGGCAUAAACAUUGUUAUAAGGAAAACUUGGUUUUUUUAUUCUAUUACAUGUUACAUUUAUUACUUACGCUAUGCUUUAGUUAUUACACUAAUCUAAUAUCAAGAUAUAUGAAUACUUAAAAAUGAUCUAUCUCCGUUGGCCUUAGUAUAUUCUAUGAAGCAUUGUGGCUAGAUUGAAAAACGGACUUUUGAUUUAUAGGACAUUUCGCCGCUAUACUAAUACGGAAUGUUUUAGGGUAUCUAAAUUAUCUUGGCGUUUAGAGCAUGUCUAUAAGAUAUCAAGAGACUCGUAAUGACUGGUAACGUGGAUGGAAGACGAUCCAGAGGUCGAAGCUAUAAAAGAUGGCGUGAUCAAGUGUCCGAUCAUCUGGACAUGUGACUAAGCAACGCACUUCACUAUGCCACUGGACGAUAUAAGUGCCUACAAAUAACAAAAAAGGUCUCAGGUGGACGCAUCGAAAUGCUCAGCAACGAUUGAUCAAUUGGAGAAGGAGGAGGAAAAGACAUCAAGAGGCACAACCAAACGGAUUAAGUCGGGACUACACGACACCCACUUUUAAUGUCUGUUGAAGUGACAAAGCUUACUUUCCAGCCGCGCUUGUGUGGAUAGAACUUUACGACCUUGUGCCGAGUCUUGUCGAAAUGACCAUUGGUUAUGGAACACGGUAUAGUGAGAGGGUUAACCCAGCUACUCGAGAAUCCUAUCAUGAAACACUUGAAAUUUGGAUAUAAAUACAAAAUGAUCGUCAUUCGCGUAUCGCCUAAGUUGUUUUCAUUUCACAACCCUAUUAAUUGUUUAGUUAUAGGUUAUGUGACGAUAAUCAAUGCCUCUUGUAAUUUAUAAGUCAUUCUCGUUCAUUAAUUUCAUUAUAAUUGUUUGCUUUCAAAAGACGGUGGCUUCGUUUUUUUUUUUAAAUUAUUAUUCUUAUUCUAUUUUGUUUUUUCCUUCUUUUAUAAUAAUAUGUAUGUACUUUUAUGUAGUUGCGAGUCAAAAACUACAAAUGUUUUUUUUUUCUUUCUAGCCGGCUACAUACAAAUUUGCAAACAUGAUCCGAAUACAAUCAGCGAAUGCGUGCAGAAAUCUAUUGAGGCGCUAAAACCUAAAUUAGCCGAAGGCAUCCCCGAACUGGACGUUCCACCGUUAGAACCCUUCAUCAUUCCCGAGGUGGUGGCUUCCAGUAAAGAUCGUGUGCCGCUUCAAGCUACUGGAAAAAAUAUCAAGGUCACGGGGGCUGGUGAUUUUCAUAUUAAUAAAUUGAAUGUGGAUCUCGAUAGUUUGAUAUUGAAAGCCAAGGUUAAUUUCCCGAAGUUGCACUUCGACGGAUUAUACAAGUUGGACACUCAGAUCUUGGUCGUGCCCAUCAAGGGAGAGGGAAAUCUUCUUGCUGACGUCGUGAACUGCGACGCCGAACUCGUGUUCAAAGGAGGGAAGUACCAGAAAGACGGUCUCGAAUUCAUUAAGUUCAAUAGUCUUGAUACUAAGAUCGGAAUCAAAGAUUAUAACGUUAAAUUUGAUGGAUUGUUCAAUAACGACAAAGUUCUCGGUGAUGCAGCCAAUGACGCAAUCAAUCAGAACAAGGGAGAGUUCUUCAAUACGUUCAAGCCGUUCCUGGAGGCGGCUGUUUCAAAACUGCUCCUAAAUAUAUCCAACAAAGUGGUCGACGACCUCCCAUUCAACGAACUACUGCCCAAACCUUAAUUUUAAAAUGUUUAAAGGCGAAUGAAUAAUAAAAUGAGAUUUUGAAUUGGCGUU